GAAAACACGGGGACGGAGACGGAGGGUUCGCGGUCAGAGAAGGUUUCACCCGGGCCGCUGGAGGACACCGGGACUCCUCACCGAACCAACGCUCACUGGGAUUGAGAACCAAGGUCGCGCCGAGUCGGUGAAACCUCGCGUCUGCGCCGAGCUGGACGAGGUUUGUCCGUGAACCAGUUUAGCCUGUUAGCUUAGCAGCAGCCCCGCGCAGCCGCGACGGCUGCAGGACUUUCACCUGCUCCACACGGAAACUCACUCACUCACGGAAACGGACUCCUCUCACUCUCACAAACGCUGCUGCGCGGUCUGGGUGCAGACACAGCUGUUGUGCAAAAAUAAAUUAAAAAAAAUAAAUAAAUCAAAGUAAAAUAAGGAGGUGUGACUGAGGUUUGCUGAUAUCCGUCAACCUCCUGCAGAAACAUCUGUAGCUGUCAAGCGAGAUCAGACCCUACGAGAAGUGACACGUAAAACUACACGCUUCAGUUUUGCUGCACAGCUUGUACAAGUAUUGGUGUUUGCAGCUGAAGGGUCUGCAGCUCCUUCCGUGGUGCUGUUGAGAGUUCAUCUGUGGGCACAUCUGGCUGUACCGUAAAACAUCUGGCUGUGCACCGUGCAACAUCUGGCUGUGCACCGUGCAACAUCUGGCUGUGCACCGUGAAACAUCUGUCUGCACCGUGAAACAUCUGGCUGUGUACCGCGCAAUAUCUGUCUGCACCGUGCAACAUCUGGCUCUACAGUGAAACAUCUGGCUGUGCACCGUGAAACAUCUGGCCCGCCAGUCUCCGCCCCCGCUGAGCCGGUGACCGCCAUCACUCGACCACGACAUGAUUCCCGACAAGGUCCCGGAGCAGGACGUGAUCCUGGGCUCGGGCGACCUGAAGAAGGACGCUCACAUCCCCACCUUUGAGAAGUACAAGGAGCUCUACGUGAACUCUGUUGAGAAUCCAGAAGAGUUCUGGGGGACUUUAGCCAAAGACUUCUUCUGGAAGACCAAACACACGGGUCAGUUCUUCAACUACAACUUCGAUGUGACCAAAGGAGAAAUCUUUAUCAAGUUUAUGGAAGGAGCAUCUACAAACAUCUGCUACAACCUCCUCGACCGAAAUGUUUAUGAGAAGAAUCUUGCUGACAAAAUUGCCUUCUUCUGGGAAGGCAAUGAGCCCGGGGACGACUUGACGGUGACGUACAAAGAGCUGCUGCAGAGAGUCUGUCAGUUUGCCAACGUCCUGAAGUCACAGGGCGUCCAGAAGGGCGAUCGCGUGUCCAUAUACAUGCCCAUGGUGGUCGAGCUGGUGGUCGCCAUGUUGGCUUGUGUCCGUAUUGGAGCCGUUCACUCCAUAGUGUUUGCAGGUUUCUCAGCUGAGUCUCUGUGUGAAAGGAUCCUGGACUCUCAGUGCUCUCUGCUCAUCACAGCAGAUGGUUUCUAUCGAGGAGAUAAGCUGAUCAAUCUGAAGCUCUUAGCUGACGAAGCACUACAGAAAUGCAUAGACAAAGGUGUUCCAGUCAAGAAGUGUAUAAUGCUGAAGCACUUGUCCAAAGUACCGGAGGAAACUGCAGGCUGUAAUUCUCCUCCUCCCAAACGCUCCUGUCCAGAUCUUCAGGAGAAACAGGCAGGCAAAGUAAAGAAAAUACGUCCUGUUCCACAGGUGCCAUGGAACCCAGACGUGGACUUGUGUUGGCACACUCUGAUCAGUGGAGCGUCAGAUGAGUGUGAACCAGAAUGGUGCGACUCUGAAGACCCUCUCUUCAUUCUGUACACCAGCGGCUCAACUGGCAAACCAAAAGGAGUCCUUCACACGGUCAGCGGCUACAUGCUCUACGCCGCCACCACCUUCAAGCUGGUGUUCGACUACCAGCCUGACGACGUCUACUGGUGCACAGCAGAUAUUGGCUGGAUUACUGGACACUCCUACAUUACUUAUGGCCCUCUGGCCAAUGGAGCCACCAGUGUCCUGUUUGAGGGACUGCCCACUUACCCGGACGUGAGCCGUAUGUGGGAGAUUGUUGACAAGUAUUCUGUUACAAAGUUCUACACGGCCCCGACCGCCAUCAGACUGCUGAUGAAGUUUGGCAGCGACCCGGUGCAGAAGUAUAACCGCAAGUCCCUGAAGGUCUUGGGCACCGUGGGAGAACCCAUCAACCCCGAGGCCUGGCAGUGGUACUACAACGUGGUGGGAGAGAAGAGAUGUCCUAUUGUGGACACGUUCUGGCAGACAGAAACCGGAGGACAUGUGUUGACUCCUCUACCAGCAGCCACGCCCCUGAAACCUGGAUCUGCUACCUUCCCGUUCUUUGGAGUGGUGCCUGCUAUCCUGAAUGAGUCGGGCGAGGAGCUAACGGGGCCGAGUGAAGGAUACCUGGUGUUCAAACAGCCAUGGCCCGGAGUGAUGAGGACUGUGUACGGAAACCAUCAGAGGUUUGAAACGACCUACUUCAAGAAGUUCCCCGGAUACUAUGUCACAGGAGAUGGUUGCCGUAGAGACGAGGAUGGUUACUACUGGAUAACAGGGAGGAUUGAUGACAUGCUGAAUGUCUCUGGGCACCUGCUGAGCACAGCGGAGGUGGAGUCGGCUCUUGUGGAGCACAAGGCCGUGGCGGAAGCUGCCGUGGUGGGUCGGCCUCAUCCUGUCAAAGGAGAGAGUCUCUACUGCUUCGUAACUCUGAACGAUGGAAUGACGUUCAACCAAAAGCUGGAGUCAGAACUCAAGAAAAAAGUGAGAGACAAGAUCGGCGCCAUCGCAACGCCGGACUUCAUCCAGAAUGCACCAGGACUGCCCAAGACCAGAUCCGGAAAAAUAAUGCGACGGCUUCUUCGUAAAAUUGCAUGCAACGAGAAGGACCUGGGUGACGUCUCCACGCUGGCCGACUCCUCCGUCAUCGAUCAGCUCUACCAGAACCGUUGCUGCUCUGCAGUGUGAUGACGCCCGGGAAAGGGCUGGGACUGCUGCCGCAUGCUCGCGGCCGCAGAUCCAGCAGGAACAAGAAAGGGGGAGUACUUGACCGUGUCCAACAAAAAGCCUUUUAUCUCUCAGUUAGGAUGCACUUCUUGAAUCGACCCACUGUUCUUACACGUAAGGAAACUCAGCAGCAGGUGGAUGAACAAUCCGACUGGUCACUGGCUAAUAUUUCCCACUUCCGUCGCAGUACUAAUACCUGAUUUCUAAUAACCACAAACACAAAUGGCUCUGGCUUUUAAAAGAACAUCUGACUGCAGGCUGGUAAAAGAUCUCUGGAGUUUGCUGCUGUUGUGGGUAAAGGCAGUAGUGGAGCCAGAGGUUGGUUCUGGUUAAGACCGUCCUGCAGUCGAGCUGCGUGGAAAGACAGAACCGGGUAACACUUGAUGUGGCUUUCUACCAGUGUUUCAGAGUAACAGUAUAGCUUUAGUACACUGUUGUACCGAGUGACUGGUGUCUGUGUCCAUCAGUGGUCCUGUUAAUCACUUAUCUCAGUCUACACUGGUAUAAACCCAACGUGAAGCCAUACAUGACUGAAUCCAUGCCGUCGCACCGUUAGAUACACUGUUGAGCUAAAUCUGAGAGCGCCUAACGUCUUUUCAUUUGUUUCGUUUUUUAAGUAAUCUUUUUUUUGUUUUCUUGGACUGUAAUUGGACUGUAAUUUUAUGAUUGAUUUGUUUUGCCAUUUCUAUUUGUGCAUCUGCAUGUUUGUAUGUUGUUGUUUUUUUUUGGCUUUCAGUUGCGUCAACGUUAUCUGAAUCUGUUCACGUCUGACGCUGUUCUGCCUCAAGCACAGGAAGCGGUCGAUUCUGCUCACAAAUGCUCUAAAUCUUCUACAGGUGCUAAUGCUGGAUAAAAAAAGCCUCAUUUAUUAAUAAAAAACGACUUUAAAAAAUUGUAACGUUUUAAGAAAACUAAAUCAGACAUGAUUAUGAAUGUCUUUGCAGUGUCGUCUGCAUUAAAAGAGGUGACUAUAGUCAACACUUGUUACUUUCACCUGGACUGGCUGUAACUACCUAAAUAUGGGGAAAAUUAUGAGAACAUGAAGAAAAACUGUAUUCAAGUUGGCAGAAGUAACAUGAUGGAUGAUAAUCGGAAGUGUUCAUCUAACCUGCACCAUCGUACAGGCACUACAAUGAUCUCGACUGGUGUUAUUUUUGUAUUUAUGAUUUUGAUGUUGCUGUUUGGCAGAGCUUGUAAACUUAAUGUUCUACCUCACCCCCAAAGAUGAGGUUGGUGUUAUCUGGAAGUUUUACUUCAUACUUCAUUAAAGGAGAGGCUCUGCAACAUUACAUGUUACUUUCAGCUGAGCUGUGUUGUCUGUCAUGUGAAGGAAAACAAGUAAAUGUUGUGAAAUCUAAGAUCUUUCUCUGAGGAAGACGCCGCCAUAUAACCACCGUUCAGACACUUUGGACCCGAGGCCGAGCCACAAGUACAGUCGUUCUUCUGUCCUGGGCUUUGCCUCAGCUUUCAUGAGGGCAGAUCUUAGUACAAGUGCGGGGCCAACAGUUUAAUUUCCUAACGCUGCAGCUUAACUUUUAACGUUUAAUUUUCUUUGACCACAUGUUGCUUCUUUCCACUUAUUCUGGCUUGAUUACAGAUUUUUAAAAGGUAACCCCAUUGUGUGUGUUUUUGUGGCCUCUGCCGGCCUUUAUUUGACAUCGCAAGGAGGAGGCUGAUGUGCAGUAGACGUCUUUUGGUGAAACCCAAACAAAGGUCGGCAGGAGAAAACGCGGCCGCUGCGUCUUCUUAACCCCAGAACUGGUGACGCCAAGUAUCUUCAAAAAUGACUAAAUCAAAGGGAACUACCAGCUGCUGUGUCUUCUGCUAACUGUAACCAUGGAAACGUGUCUCAUACGUGAUGUUAUCUCCGCUCUCAACAAACUUUCCAGAAGACUCGAACUGGCACCACCUUUGUGGCGACGUUUUCCGACCUCCUCGCUCCGUCUUCGGCCCUGUGGACGCUGAUUCCUGCUGAAAAUAAAGUCCUUCGUGUUGCCUCACAAAUACAGUUGCUCUCAAAGGAGGCUCAGUAAUUUAAAAGCUAAACUGCAGAAUGACUAGUUAAAGCCAUUUUAAACUGGACUACUUUUAAAUGCAUACUUAAAAAAAAAUCUGUGCUGUAUGUUUGAGAAUAAAUAAAUUAGUCUGCUGUCUUAAUAAUGAACAAACUUUUUGAAAGUGUUUUGAUUGUAUGGGUAAUUCAUAUGGAGCACUGAUUUUAGGAUAAUUGGGUUUGUUUAUUCACCCGACUGACACUGAGGCCGCCGGCCUGCAGGAAUCCUGCAGGAAUUCCUGCAGGAAUCCUGCACCCUGACCUUCAGGGUUAUGUCUUCAUGUGUUCACUUUAAAACUAACUUGGAAAACCGUUAUUCACUCUAUUUUUUUAACAUCAAAGCAGCAACUUGGGUUUCAUUAAAUAAAAGUGAU